AUGCAGGCGGACCUGGAGGCAAAAACGUUUUUUGAAGCGAUGCCGGGUCCGAGGCGCUAUCAAUUAACUACAACAGCCCGUUGUGCGAAAGAGCUCACCAACCUUCCCGUAGUCACCUCCAACGAUGCCUACCGUCUUGGGAAUGCAGUCGAGCGUCAAGGAGUUGACUGGCUUGGUGCGCGGCGACAGGUGCUUGAGCACCCAAAAUCGUUUCAAGAUUCAAUUCUUUACAAUUUUUUGAUGGGCGACGUGGAAGAGCAGCGAGCCUUUUUGGGCUGUGUAGCUGACUACAAGCGCAAGCUUGAUGACAGCCCGAGUCGUUCGAUGCACCACGGUGACAACAGAACAAUCGUGGUCCCCCUUCGACUGAGCGAUAAAGUACGGUUUAUGGUUGAAGAUUAUCCUGUUGUGAAUAGUGCAAUCGUCCGAUACAAGCGCAUGCAUUGCCCGUGGUGUGAUACACUUGUGAUAAUGACUCUAUUGGUUUGGGGCGAGGAUAAAAAUCAUAUGUUUGCAUUCAGUCAAAGGGAAUACAAGCAGAGUCUCGCUGUUUUGAAUAGUAUCGCGAAGACUGCUCAGUCGAAGGAUGGCGGUAAUCUCAGAGUUAUUAUCCGCUCGACUCUCGAUGCCGAUAGCGACUUUGUGUACAGCGCUUACUCCCCUCACCUUGUACUGCCAGUUGUCACGCCCUCUUCCUGGAACCGGCUUUUAACAUUUUGUAAUAGUGCUGUCCUGGACAGACAUAGGGAGCAAUCCGCCAUCGACUUCUUCGACAGUGCCAUCAAGCCAAAACUAAAGGCGGCUGGUCGUCGGGAGGAAAUCUUAACGCACUACAUAAACCUAGAAUCACAUGUGCCUGAUGAUGUUGUGGUGAACUGGUUUCAGAGUGAAGUGAGGCGGACAGGUUUAGCCGAACACUCAGUUACUAUUAAACAAAUGUCUAACUGGAAGGAUUGGCCCGGCAGAAUGCGACCUUACCGCGUAGGAUUGCGCGCAUACGAUAUUGGCGUGCGAUCAAUUCAGAGGGCCGCGCAAGAAAAAUGA